AUGAGGGCCGCCUCAGAAUGGCGGAGGAUUCGUACUACCUUCGCAGUCCGCAGGAGAUGGCAGGCGCUCUGGGCAGAAGUGCCCGAUGCCAUCACCAACUCACAGCGCAUCGCCGAGAUGUGCGAGCUUAACCUGGACUUCUCGCGCAUGCGCCUCCCUGAGUACCCGGUGCCCGGCGGCAUCAGCGCCGACGAGUAUCUCGCGCAGAUAUGCCACGAAGCGUUGAACAGCCGCAUUCCAAACGCAGGCGAAGCCGAACGCGCUCGUCUCGACUACGAGCUCGAAGUCAUCCGGGCAGACCCAGUUCCCCGACUACUUCCUCGUCGUCUGGGACAUCGCCAAGUUCGUGCACGAGCGCGACAUAUUCUUCGCCGUGCGCGGCAGCGCCGCAGCAAGCCUCGUGCUCUACUGCCUCGGCGUAACCGAUGUCAACCCGCUUCCUUACAGCCUCGUUUCGAGCGUUUCCUCAACGUCGAGCGCAAGGAGAUGCCGGACAUCGACAUGGACUUCCAGGAUGACCGCCGCGAAGAGGUCAUCAACUACGUUGUGGACAAGUACGGCAGAGAACACGUCGCCCAGAUAAUCACCUUCGGAACAUUCGGCGCAAAGGCGGCGAUCCGCGAUGUCGGACGCGCCCUCGCAAUGCCCUACGGCGAUGUGGACCGCGUGGCGCGCCUCGUCCCCAACCGCCUCAACAUCACUCUGGAAGACGCGCUUGAACAGAACCCGGAGAUGAAGGAAAUCUACGACGCCGACGAAGGCGUAGCCAAGCUCGUUGACACUGCAAUGGGACUCGAAGGCUUGACCCGCCAUACCAGCACUCACGCCGCCGCCGUUCUCAUUUCUCAGGAGCCGCUCGACGACAUCGUGCCUCUCCAGAGACCCACGCGCAGCACGGACGACGGCACCGGCGUCGCCAUGACCCAGUACGCCAUGGACCCUUGCGCCGCACUGGGCCUGCUGAAAAUGGACUUUCUCGGACUCGCUAACCUCUCCAUUCUCGCCAGGGCGCGCGACCUCAUUGACGAGACAAGAGGGUUCAAAUUCGCCCUUACCGAAAUUCCACUGGAAGACGGCAACACCUUCGACCUGCUAUCCAGAGGAGACACGGUAGGCGUGUUCCAGCUUGAGGGCGGUGGAAUGACCCGCUACAUCAAGGAACUCAAGCCAAGCUCACUGAGCGAUGUCGCGGCUAUGAUUGCGCUCUACCGCCCCGGUCCGAUGGAGCACAUAUCCACUUUUAUCGAUUCCAAGCACGGGCGCGUCGCCCCUCACUAUCCGCAUCCCGCGCUGCAGGACAUCCUCGAAGAAACAUACGGCGUCAUCGUCUAUCAGGACCAGGUGCUGCAGAUUGCGCGCACUUUCGCGGGAUACUCACUCGGUCAGGCGGACAUCGUCCGCAAGGCGAUGGGCAAGAAGAUUCCUGAGAUUAUGGCUGAGGAGAAGCAGAACUUCCUCGAUGGCGCGCUCAAUCAGGGCUACACCCGGCAGAUGGCGGAGCAGAUUUUCGCGCUCAUAGAACCAUUCGCAGGCUACGCCUUCAACAAGGCGCACAGCGUCAGCUACGGCCUCAUCUCAUACUGGACCGCCUAUCUGAAGGCAAAUUUCCCCGCCGAGUACAUGGUCGCCUUGCUGAACUCCUACAAGGACAACACCGACAGGGUGGCGGGAGCGGUCGCGGAGUGCCGCAGGAUGAAUAUCAACGUCCUGCCUCCAAGCAUCAACGGGAGCGAAGUCAACUUCUCCAUAGACACCGGCGAGCAAAGCAACAGUGCCAUACGCUUCGGUCUAUCCGCCAUUAAGAAUGUCGGUGAAGCGGCAGUCGCGCCGCUCAUAGAGACUCGCAAGGAAAUGGACGGCUUCCGGUCCAUUGAGCAACUGUGCCAGAAUGCCGACUUGGGCGGCGUGGGCAAGAAGGCGCUGGAAAGCCUGAUUAGAGCGGGUGCCUUCGACGACUUUGGCGAUCGCUCAGGCAUGUUGGAGGUCAUAGACCGCAUCGUGUCACUCGCGCAGAGCGAAGCGCACCUCCGCAACUCCCAGCAGACCUCGAUGUUCGACAUGAUGGGCGACUCAAUGCCUGCCGAGCUGGCGAGCAUUGACAUCCCCGAUCUGAACACUUCCGACGCCGAAAAAGGCCAGUGGGAACAGGAACUGCUUGGCGUAUCCACAUCGAACAACGCGAUGCUGAAUCUUCUCGCGCUCCACCGCGAAUCCGACGAUAUACUGAUGCUCAGCGACUUGGACGCAGAUAUGGACGGCAAUCUGGUUACCGUAACAGGCAGUGUGCGCCAGCGUGACGACCAGCUGAGCCUGAGUUGCUUUGAAGCCCAGGAAGUCAUUCUGCCGGAAGACACCACACACCACGCCAACAAUGGCGAAGACAAUUUGCCUGAAGAGCGCGAGGACGCUGACCUCGUAUCCGCCCCGUCCAAUGGCACGCCAAACAACACGCCAGAUGACACGGCGUCUUAUCGGCAAAAUCCGCCCCCACCCGAAAGUGUGCCCGAGCAGGUGUCGGCAGCGCAGAAUGGAGGCGUUGGUGUUGCCGAGGCGGUAACUGGCUAUCACGAAGAUGCCCCAACGGACAUCGCAGAUACACCACCACCGCAGGCAGAGGCAGCCUUAAGCUCACCUGAUACCGAUGCUGAUCGAGACAAUGACCCCGAAGAGGACAAUGAUUUGCAAGAAGAGAACAAUGACGAAGUAGCGCUACCCCAGUCGCCCGUCAGCGGGCCAGCACAAGGGACGAACGGGCAUGCCAGACAGAACGGCAACGGCGCGAGUUCGCUGCCUUCCAGCCCUAUGAACGCCAAUUCAUCCAACGCCAAUUCAUCGGCGCAGGCUGAUGAAAUCCAUCGCCUCCUGCUCCGAAUCAUCGAAGGCGAGCCUGAGCACGAUAAGCGAAUGCUUUACGAUGUCAGGAGUCUCCUCAUGGAAUACCGUGGCGAUUGCGAAGUUACUCUGGAGAUUACCACCGCAGGCCAUAUCGUCGAAAUGGAGUGGCCCGCGGUCCGCGUCUCAUCAGGCACGGAACUUGUGGAACGCCUCAAUAGCGAAGUGCUCGGUGAGUUCGGGGAAGCCCAGUUAGUUGCCGCCGCAGCGCGCUAA